CUGAUCUGUCGCGGAAUCACUGACAAGCAAUAUAGCAGAAGGCUGUCUCACAUCUUUCCCUAAUAUCAGAUAUUACGUGGAUUCAUUUUGCACUUCUCUCUCCGCAGUGAGAGUGUGUGUGUAUCUUUUUUUUUUCUCGAGCAGCAUUAGCUUUACUGAUUUUUUUUCUGCUUUGGUCACAGUGCGACCACCUGCGAUUGAAAACCGGCAAAGGCGGUGGCUGUCCAAGCGCACAGCGCUGAGGGAAGGGGAAAAAACCGGACAACACAACAAGCUGAGACUCCGAGCAUCUGUGCAGCUACACCCCGCUAAACCCAAUCACAACCAACCGCCUGGAAGGGAUGUCGACCGCCGGGGAAGUGCCAGCUUUCUUUCAGAGGAUGGGCUCCGAGAGCCCGGCCAGGCCCAGGCAGAAAUUCUGUGGCGUGUUCUGUCCAGUGGAAGGCUCCUCGGACAGCAAGACGCUGGACUUUGAUGCACUCUCGGCGUGCAGGGGCAGGAAUGACGGGCGAGUCAUUGACCGACAGACCGACAUCUCCCAGCCGAGGAAGGUAGAGAUAAGGGAGAGCACAGGGAAAGAGGCUCUGCAGAAUCUCGAUGAUAAACGGAGCGACCGUCUCCUGAUCAAAGGGGCCAAGAUUGUGAAUGAUGACCAGUCCUUCUGUGCCGACAUCUAUAUGGAGGAUGGAGUCAUCAAACAAAUCGGGGAAAACCUCAUUGUGCCCGGUGGGGUGAAAACCAUCGAUGCCCAUGGUCGGAUGCUGAUGCCCGGUGGCAUCGAUGUGCACACUCGUUUCCAGAUGCCCGAUCGGGGCAUGACCGCCGCUGAUGACUUCUACCAGGGCACCAAGGCGGCGCUGGCCGGAGGCACCACCAUGAUCAUUGACCAUGUGCUACCUGAGCCUGGCACCAGCCUUAUGUCAGCCUUCGAGCAGUGGCGUGAAUGGGCCGACAGCAAGUCCUGCUGCGAUUACUCUCUGCAUAUCGACAUUACCGAGUGGCACAAGGGAAUCCAGGAAGAGAUGGAGACGCUUGUGAAGGAUCACGGUGUCAACUCUUUCCUGGUCUACCUGGCUUAUAAGGAUAUUUUCCAGCUUACUGAUGCUCAGGUGUAUGAGGUUUUCAGUGUGAUCCGCGAUCUGGGAGCCAUCGCCCAGGUUCACGCUGAGAAUGGUGACAUCGUAGCUGAGGAGCAGCGCAGGAUGCUGGAGCAGGGGAUCACUGGGCCUGAAGGACACGUGCUGAGCCGCCCCGAGGAGGUGGAGGCGGAGGCCGUUAACCGCUCUGUGACUGUAGCCAACCAGACCAACUGCCCGCUGUAUGUCACCAAGGUGAUGAGCAAGAGCGCUUCUGAUGUCAUCGCUCAGGCCAGGAAGAAGGGCACUGUUGUCUAUGGAGAGCCAAUCACUGCAAGUCUGGGAACAGACGGUUCACACUAUUGGAGCAAGAAUUGGGCCAAAGCGGCUGCUUACGUCACCUCUCCUCCACUGAGCCCUGACCCGACCACACCAGACUAUCUCAACUCCCUGCUCUCCUGUGGAGACCUUCAAGUGACAGGAAGUGCACAUUGUCCCUUUAACACUGCCCAGCGUGCUGUGGGCAAAGAUGACUUCAGCUUGAUUCCUGAGGGUGUGAAUGGCACUGAGGAGAGGAUGUCUAUCAUCUGGGACAAGUGUGUGGUAACGGGUAAGAUGGAUGAAAACCAGUUUGUGGCCGUGACCAGCACAAACGCUGCCAAGAUCUUCAACCUGUACCCCCGCAAGGGCCGCAUUGCUGUGGGCUCAGACGCUGAUCUGGUGCUGUGGGACCCUGACGUCACAAAGAUCAUCUCCGCCAAGAGCCACCAGUCGACUGUGGAGUACAACAUCUUUGAAGGCACAGAGGUGCGCGGCGGGCCUCUGGUCGUGAUCAGCCAGGGCAAGAUUGUUUUGGAGGACGGGAACCUCCACGUCACAGAGGGCUCAGGACGUUACGUGGUCCGUAAACCUUUCCCUGACUACGUCUACAAGAGGAUAAAAGCUCGCAGCAGGCUGGCUGAGCUGAGAGGCGUACCCAGGGGACUGUAUGAUGGUCCAGUCUGUGAGGUGUCAGUCACUCCUAAAACCAUGACUCCAGCCUCCUCUGCCAAGACUUCACCUGCCAAACAGCCCGGCCAACCCAUCCGCAACCUGCACCAAUCUGGCUUCAGCCUAUCCGGAGCUCAGAUUGAUGACAACGUUCCUCGCCGGAAUACCCAGCGCAUCGUGGCGCCUCCAGGCGGCAGGGCAAACAUCACCAGCCUGGGUUAGAGCCCCAUCCUCAGGCGCUGAGGAGGAAAUGAGGAUUUGUGGAUGUAUGGCCAGCAGGAGAUGAAGUGGUGGGGGGUGAAGAAGCUACAGCAUUACACCAAGAUUCAAACUCUUCACAACACCUCAUCAGGCCACCUGUUAGCCUUCAGCCUUCAUGUCCUCCUUUGCUGCUUAUUUCCCCACUUCUCCCCCAAAAACCUGUUCCUAGAGGACAGAGUUAGGAAAAAACACACAAACAAAAAAGGUCUGCCUCAUAUGAUGAAAAAAUUGACAAAAAAAUUGAUAACACUCCUUAUUUGAGCACUUUUGACUGCAUUAUUUCAUUUUUAUAUUGUAAUUUCUCCCUCCCAUGUAUCCCUGUGAUAUUUGCUUUGCUGUUGUUUUCAUUGAGGGGUUAAGUAAGACUAAAGUGAUGUUAUGCAGACGAUAAUGUUGGAGCAGGAUGUCUGUUCCUUUUCCAUGUUUUUUUUUUUUUCAUUUUGUGAGGAGUUAGAAUGAAGCGUGGAUAUAAAAACACACUAAUUUCCUUUUAUUCUUUCUUUUCUCGAAGAGGCCAAACAGUAAGUUGCUUGAAAUUGACCAAUUUUGCAUUUCAUUCAGCCAAAAAGAAUCUAAUACUUCCUUCCAGCUGUUAGAAGCCUGUGAUUUGUAUUAUAUCACAUUUCAGUCUCUUCAUUUUCCAGUCCAUUGCUGUCUCUCACACAGUGCCACAAUUGAUAUUUAAUUGACUAUUCGCCACGAAGACGGCCUUAACAUUUGAAAAAUUGAACAUGGUAAUGCUGUACUAUGGGUACAGUCUGUUGGGAGUCAGCUGGAGAGUCCUGUGGAGCAGAAGGAGCUUUUGGCACGUAGUAAAUAGAGCUUUAUUCUUCAUCUCUGUGUGUAAGGUCAUUGUUAAGUGGGAUUGAUUUACAGGGGGAAAGAGAAAGUUGUACUUAAUGUUACUUCUGACUCGGCCUUUCCUUGCCUUACUUUCUCUUUAGCGCCGUCCUUUUAGAGAACCUUUAGGAGUGUGGGGAAGGUGCCGUUCACAAUGCAGCUACAUGUUUUCCCAUUUGUUUACAUUCCCAGGAAUCACAAAGGUCCAAAUUCUUCAUUGACAGCAGUAGAAACAUCUGACAACCGUCCGUCACCAAGCAGUGCAUUUACAUACAGAAUGUCUCUCCUUCCAAAUGUGACUGUUUUAUACUCCCCCCUCCCCUCCACACACACACCUCAUUUUCUUUCUACUCUUUAUGUGCCUGAACCCACAGAAGUUGUAUUGAUAGUCAGAUUUUAGCUUCUUGUUUUGUUAUUGUUUUUGAGGUAAGUGAAGGAUGUAAGAUAAAAAGAUGUAAAAUAGCCAGGAUUAACCGAUUCAAAGGUGCCAGAUUUUGCGCUUUCAUUGGGCCUAUUCUGAAGAUAGAGCCCUGUAAAGAUGAACAGUGCUUGAUAUGUUGAAAUGUUCUGUUGUUUUAUAGUUUUGAACUUGUUGUCAAACUGCUUUUUAGUGUCAUUCUGUAACUAGGUGCCUGAGGGCUGAGCACUAUUGAUUUAUGCUUGAAAGUAGACAUGAGCUAAUGUACUUCUGACUAGUGUGCAGUGUUGAUGUGUGAGGAAUGGGACACGCACAGCAGGCUCCUGUACAGCUCUCAGUAUGGCUGUGGAGUUAACAUUGCUUCAGGCUGUACUGCAGCUGUAUGCAUUGUUCUUCUCCUUUUUCUUUUCUUUUCUUUUUUUUUUAACAGCACAGUCUGGUUGUAUUAAGCGAAGCAACUGAUUUUCACCAGUAACCAUCUUUCUGCCUGUGACUAAACGCUGAAUAAACUUGACAUGAACAUAACCAGGGGCACUUAUAUAAACUGGGCUUAGAUUCUUUAAAUCCGCCUGUCUAGUUAACAUAGUGACAGCAACUUAGGGGAAACCAAAGGUGAAACGCAUACAUAUUCCCUACCACUAAAAGGGUUAGGGAUCACUUUGAAAUACAGUACAAAAUAGUCAUCAAUGUAAUAUUAUACUGGUGGAAAAUUGGGUCAAAUAACCUUGUCUUUCAUUAUAAACCACUGAUAUAUAUAUAUAUAUAUAUAUAUUUUUUUUAGUGGAGAUCAUUUAUUUGAAUUUCAGGGAUAGGACUACACCUCAAACACACCACCCUUCCGGUUCUAUAUUUCUGAGUGCUGUGCCUCCACUACCAUGCCAGGGAGCCGUUACCGAUCCACACUGUGGCCUUUCCUAAACUGCAGUCACAGGUCCAGGUCCUUGCUCUCUCCAAACGCACUUCUUUCAGUAAACCUAAUCAUAUUUGAGGUGUGAUCCCUGCUAUUGAAAUGAGAUAUCCUAAGACAGCAUGGAGAAGCUCAAUUACAGCAACCAUGUCUCCCGUGGUCAGGGGGCACACUGUUAAACAAAAGGAUGUUUUCAUGUAACGGUGUGUACUGCUCCCUUCACACACUGGUGCAAAACUGGCUCUGAAAAGUGGUGGACCUGGAUGCUCGAUUGAGUGACAGGACAUAGUCUCUUGUUUGAGAAAUAGGCAUCUAAUAGAACUACAUAUGGCAGCUUUGUUAAAUGGUAGCCCUAAGAGCCUCAUUGUGCUGGUUUUUGAAAAGACUAGUACACACUGUUGCACAAAAACUCUUUGUGGGGCAUUUUGAGAGUGUAAACUAACACAACUGCCCUACCUGCUUGUCUAGCCAAAUUUAUGGCUUCUUUAGUCACCACAUUGCAGGAGGUAGCACUGUGUCACUCAAGCACAGUCUGCUGAAUGUAUGCCUAGAUGGAUGCUACAUGAAAAAUCAGCGAUUAAUGGCUUUUCAUUAGAAUAAAUGCGCAAAAAGGACAUUUCCAAGUAACCCCAAAUUUCUGAGUGGUUUUGUGCAUAAUGUAGAUAUUAAAAGUUACACUUCCAGCCUCAGUGUUCCAGGUUUUCUCCCCUCUGAAAAAACAGGAAGUCUGUUGAAGGCAGACUCUUUCAGCAUUACAAAUGCUUUAUGUAUUUAAAGAAUCCAAGGCAGACGGGAAUGUAAUAAAUGCACGUCUCUGAAGUAUUCAAAUAUGUGACGAGAUAGGAAUGUCUUCAAGGCAACUUAAACCUCUGCAAGUCAGAAGUGGAGAAUUUUACUGUUUCACAGUUUCUUAAUUCUUUUUAUACUUUUCAAAAACUUCUUCAACAUCCAUGUUAGCAUUCUGCUGCAGCUUGUAGUAAAUCCAGUUACCGCUCUGUCAACGUUGGUUAAAAGUGUAGGUGAGGGUGAGGCCCACAACACCAGCACAGUCUGGCUGCAUCUGCUCCUUUCGCUCUCCCUUUUCCUUCUUUCUCUUCCUCCCUCCUUGGCUCUUUGGUUGUUUCUGGCUGUUGCCGUAGAGACAGACCCUUCCACUCUCAUGGGGUUCUUGCUUUUUUUGUUUGUCAUGGCAACGCUUUGUCAAAUUUGAGGUUGCCAUCAGCAACCCGUCCUGACCUGGAGCUAUUAGUACGGGUUUUUGCGGACACACACACACACACACGCACACACAUUUUUUUCAUUAUUCACUUAGAGUGCUGAAACAUUACUACAUAAUCCUGUGCUGGGUUGUGUGGAAUUCAGAAUGCUACCAUAGUUCACAGUGCACUGCAGACACACACACACAUGCAUAGACUCUUAGCACACUAAACAGCAAGGAGCCGUUGCUGCGUUGCAGCACCUGUGCCUGAAAAAAAUCACUCGGAUAUUAAAUACUAGCUGUCAUUAUUGGCAUCCUCUUCGUGUCCCAUGCCUCCUCAGUUUACACGCAUACACACACUUAUACUCCUUUAAUGCUCUGUCAGCUUGGAUGCUUUUUCUAUGCCAUAUUAUUGCUAAUGAUAUACGAGUGAUAUGUAUGUAAGCAACAUGCUGCAGAUUGAGAGGAGCUUCUUUCCAUUCUGAGGUUGUUGAUGCUGUCAAACAUCUCCUUUGCCACCUGCAGCCCCUCCGUCGCCCUCUGUAAGCCUUUAACCUUUGUGAAAGUGAAACUGUGUGAUGAUAUUUGUCUUGGUGGCUGUGGGGUUUCUGGGAUGCUUGCUCACUAUGUCAAAUCCCACGGAUGGUGAUGUAAAAAAAAAAAAAAAGGAAAAAAGAAAGAAAAAGAAAAGAAAGUAACAGCGAGGACUUCAA